AUGGAGGCCUCCUCGUCGGAGCAGCAAUUCUGCCUGCGCUGGAACAACCACAGAACAAAUCUGCUGACAGCAUUCACCGAGUUAUUUCACAACGGUGCAUUCACCGACGUAGAGCUCCUGGUGGAGGGCGAAAGCUCCCUGGUGCCCUUCAAAUGCCACAAGAUGGUCCUAGCAGCGUGCUCAAACUACUUCCAAGAGAUAUUCUCGUACACCCCCACCGAGCACUAUCCAAUAAUUGUCCUGACAAACGUCCGCGAAGCGGAGAUGAAGGCGAUUCUCGAGUUCAUGUAUCAGGGUGAAAUCAGUGUUUCGCAGGAGGAGAUGACCGACAUAUUCAAGGUGGCGCGUAUGCUGAAGAUAAAGGGCCUUGCGGAGUACGAAAAAUCGCAUCGCUCUCGGGGUCGUUCGGCAUCUCCACCCCCGGCUAUCAGUAGCACCGAGCGAAGCGCUUCGUUUGGCAAUGAGAGCCUGCCCAAUGACUACCGUUCACCCCCCCAUUCCACGAGUUCAUCGUCGUUCUACCCCUCGUAUGGCAAAGCAUCGGCUCUGGUUCACAAUCCGGCUGCUCACAUUGCACCCACGGGGUGGAGCCCACUGGCCAGUCUCUCAUUAGCCGCUCAAUCGGUCAUGAGUGCACCACUGACCCCUCGGGCCGCUGCACUCUUCCCGGGGGUCUACGAAACCGAGGCCAAUCAUCUGCGCAAACAGAUGAGCAAUUUGAUCAUGAAUCGGGAUACUCCGAUACUGAGGACUGUCCUGGGACAGGGACAGGCGGACAGCUCGCAGGGGCUACCGCCGAGUCAUGGGGACGGUCAUGAUGUUUAUCGCAGCUCGAGCAAUGGCUCCGCUCAUGAUAUGACGGACGAUCGCAAGAGCAGCAUGGAUUUGUCGCAGGGGCGGAAUGGCAGUGGACACAGCCCGUACUCCGCGGAUAUCUCUAUGGAUGAGUUUGAUAAGAAAUCAACGGGGCAGCAGAAUCGGAAGAAUAAAGAGUGGAAGCGUUACAAGCAGUACACGAAAGAGCACAUGGAAAAGGCGAUUAUAGCAGUGCAGGGUGGUGAGACAGCGUUGAAAGCCUCCAAGGCGUACGGGAUUCCGUCCCGCACGCUCUACGAUAAAGUAAAGAAAAUGGGGAUCACAACGCAGAGGAAUAUUCGACGUCACAGGACGAGCAGUGGCGCUCACUUUCCGCACGGAAUAGGAGGCAACAGAAAUGGAAGUAUCUACCGAAGUCUGUCAGAUCACGACACCGACAACGAUUACGGCAGGAGUAUGAUAGAGGGUUCGUCCGCCCUGUUGGACAUAGCGUACGGACAUGGCCGCGAGCAGACGGAGGACCAGGAAGCGAGCCUGGACAAUUCGCGGAUAAGCACGAGUCCCGACGAGGAGCAGCGAGAGGAAAUGAAGUACGAUAGUGAGGAUCACGUGCAGGAUCUCUCGAUUAAUCGUAGAAAUGUCAUUGUCCCACCCUCAAAUCCUCCCAUAAAGGAAGAAAACGAUGAUGACGCCUCGAAGAACUGA